AUGUAUAAGAAAUUGAUGUCAAUGAAUCAAGAUAUCGUAAAGAUCUGUGAGACCGACGAAUUCAUAAUAAUUGGCUCAUGGGCACUGUGGAAGCACAUCUCACCGCAGCAAGCUUGCGAUGCCGUCCGAACAAUUUACAAUCCUCAAAUUGCUGCCAAAAAAUUACAGGAUAUGGUUCAAUCACUAGAAUAUCCUGGCAACGUAAGCAUCAUUGUUAUUCGCUUCAAAAGAACAAUGGAAAAUUUCGGCGGUCGAAGCAACGACACAGGACAAUUAUAUAGAAAUGAUAGCGAAACAUCAAUGAAAUCAAAAAAUGACAUCACUGUGCUGCGAAAUAUUGAGGAAAGGCUGGAACAGAUCGGUGAAGCAAUAAAUAAGAUCGAUGAAGAUUCCAACAACAAUCGUUCACUGUGCUCCGGUCUUGAGUUCUGGAACAAAAACGGGCAGCUUUAUGGAGCUGAAGUGUUGCCCAGUAACAGCACAGCGGGCACUUAUUUUCGUCCCGGCGCUAGGUCACUAUCGCUAAUUUUCUGUUUUCGCCCUAACCAAUCAUUUGCAAGCGUUGCGUUGGACCUGUCUUAA